CCAGAGUCCUGCAUGGGGAGUUGCUAGCGCCUGUGGGAGAAGGAGAGAAGAGGCAGCGCGGGAGGAUUCUUAAAAACAGGAUGGCAUAGAUCCAGCGCUUGACUUUAUAGAAGAUCUCUUAACGAGGAAGGUGAUCCACCGGUGGAGGCUGUUUGGAGAGGAAGGGAGGAUGAGGGAAAAGCUGGACCCAGCUGAUCCGGGAGGAAGAAAAGGCCUUGAUGCCAUCAAGGAUUGGAGCAGAAGGGAGUUGUGGGAAGGAACCAUGCAGAAGAGCCUACCUUCAGAUGCACAGCGCCAGCAAUUCAGGCACUUCCGCUACCAGGAGGCCGAGGGGCCCAGAGAGGUCUGCGGCCGCCUCCACCAUCUUUGCCGUCAGUGGCUGAAGCCAGAAAGGCACACCAAGAAGGAGAUCCUGGACCUGGUGAUCCUGGAGCAGCUCCUGGCUGUCCUGCCCCCGGAGAUGGAGAGCUGGGUCCGGGAAUGCGGACCGGAGACCAGUUCUCAGGCGGUGGCCCUGGCAGAAGGCUUCCUCCUGAGCCAGGCAGAGGACAAGAAGCAAGAACAGCAGGUGCAGGAGAAGAUCGCACAGGAGUGUUACCAUAGAGCAGCUUUUCCAGGCUGUGCCAUGCAACCAGCGAUGCCUUCUUUGGCAUUUGAUUGUGGCAGAGGGAAAGCAGCUUCCAUGCAGCCGUAUUGGGGUCCAGUGAACUUUGAGGAGGUGUCUGUGCACUUCACGGAGGAGGAGUGGGCCCUACUGGAUCCAGACCAAAGAAGCCUUCACAAGGAAGUCAUGGAGGAAACCUGUCAGAACGUGGCCUCUCUGGAAGGACUUCUGGUUGCUAAACCUGAUUCCGUUUCUGUGAUGCCAGAAAACAGAAACCCAUUUUUCCAGGAUCUAGAAGAAAGAGGGAGAUCAGUAGAAGUCAAGGGUCCCCAGAACAAAUUCAAAGCAGAACCACAACAGCUCCCAUUGGAAGGGAAACAGCAGAGGAGAAACACUGGAACAAAAUGGAAGAAGGAGAAGGAAUUCUCUGCUUCUCAGACUGUUGAGUCCCAGGACAUAGUGCCCUAUCAUGGAAGGAUCGAUUGUCCUGUUUGUGGGAAAACAUUCAUUUAUCCAUCAGUGUUUGAUACACACUGGAGAACCCACAGAGGGGAGAAACCAUAUAACUGCUUGGAAUGUGGAAAGAGCUUUGCUCGGAAGACACCUCUUAUGGAACACCAAAGAAUUCACACAGGGGAGAAGCCUCAUAAAUGCUUGCAGUGUGGGAAGAGCUUUGCUCGAAGUGCUGCAUUUUCUGCUCAUCGAAGAAUCCACACAGGAGAGAAACCCUAUAAAUGUUUGGAGUGUGGAAAGAGCUUUCCUCAGAGUUCAAAGCUUCUUGCCCAUCAACGUAUCCACACAGGGGAGAAACAAUAUAGUUGUUUGGAGUGUAGGAAGAGCUUUUCUCAUAAUGUCACCCUUAUUGCCCAUCAGCGAAUCCACACAGGGGAGAAACCAUAUAAAUGCUUGGAGUGCGGAAAGAGCUUUUCUUAUAAAGUCACGCUUACUGCACAUCAACGUAUCCACACAGGGGAGAAACCAUAUAAAUGUUUAGAGUGUGGAAAGAGCUUUGUUAGGAGUGAUAUCCUUACUGCUCAUCGACGAAUCCAUACAGGAGAGAAACCGUAUAAAUGUUUGGAUUGUGGUAGUAGUUUCAGGCAAAACUCAAGCCUUGUUUACCAUCAAGUAAUCCACACAGGGGAGAAACCAUAUAAAUGUUUGGAGUGUGGCAAGAGCUUCAUCCGCAAGUCUGACCUUACCAGGCAUCAUGGAGUCCACGCACGGGAGCAACUAUGCAUCCCGUCAGAGGACUCAGAAGAAGGGGGAGCUACAGAAAUGUAUACUCAGCAUCUAGAAUUUUUGUGAUAAAUCAAGCCAGUAUUAUACAACUGUUGAAUUGAUAUUAGUUAAGGCAUAUUCAUUUCUUAGCUGAAAUAAUUGGAAUAGUUUAUUAUAAAAUUGGCCUUUAUAACAAACAUCAUCUCCUAUCUUUCUCCUUAUGGGGAUCCAAACUUUCUUAAUUUGAUCUUCUUUCUUCCAUUUUAUCCUGAAAACAACAACCCUGUGAAGUAGGGUCAGCCAGCAGCUUUCAGAGACGGAGGUGGGAUUUGAAUCUGGAUCUCCUAGAUAUUACUCUGACACUCUGACCAUUACACCACACUGGCUCUGAUAGGUCAGGGAGAGUCUUAAACCUCCUUUAUUUUGUAAACAAAAGGAUGUUCUGGAGCUAAUCACUACCUAGAGGUUCUUCUUAGCGGCAGGACUCUAAUCUGGAGAACUGGAUUUGGUUCAAUUCCCACCUCCUCCACUUGAAGCCGGCUGGGUGACCUUGGGUCAGUCACAGCUCUCUCAGAGCUCUCUCAACCUCACCCACCUCACAGGGUGAUUGUUGUGACAAUAAUAAUAACACACUUUGUAAACUGCUCUGAGUAGGCAUUAAGUUGUCCUGAUGGGUGGCAUAUAAAUUUAAUGUUUAUCAUCAUCAUCAUCUCAGCACUGCAAUGCCCACUGUUGUACUGAAGCUGGUGGCACGUUUUACGGCUCUCGGUUCCUGCUGUAAGUUUCAUUGUUCCCCUGUUUUCCCUCCAUGGGUGAUCGUCUCCUGGCAUCUAUUAAGUCACCUGUAGCCCUACUCUGAUUUCCCCAUUUGUUAUGAAAUUGUUUAUUGGUUUAUUUAGAGAAUUUAUAUGCCACUUCUCUAUUCCUGGUGAAAGCAGGGUAAUGUCCACUCCACAGACAGAGGGAUCAUGGCUCAGUGGCAGAUCCCCGGGUUUGCACAUCACAACAGGGCCACCUUAACUUCCAGAUCGUCCAUGUUUAAUUCCAGUCAAUCCAGCUGUGGUGCAGCUGUUGGGCUUCAGGUUAGAGCUCCAAAGUAUCUUUCUGGAUUGCUUUUAGUGUAUACUGGGUAAUCCUAGUAGACUCCCAUCCAAAGCAAGAGGGUGGCCAACUCUACUAUACAGAAGAGAUGCCAUGAAAUUCACAGCAAACACUUUCAGUUGGUGAACAUGCCUUGUCUGGCAGCUGUUAUCUCCUGUGAGCUGAAUAUCUGACGUAUUAGGUUGUCCAGGUGACAUAUCAAGGUCUUUCACAUCACUUACCAUGGAAUGAUUCCUGUCUUGGAAGUGCAUAAAAUAAUAGUGAUACGACACUUAAACACCAAAUAGUUUCAGCUGGGUAGCCGUGUUGACCUGCAGUAGAACAGCAGGAUUUGAGUCCAAUGGCAUCUUUCUCUCUCACACACAAAAAACUUGCGCUGAUAUAACUGUGAACAGGUGCCGGAGGCAGUCUUGGAGUGGAUGAGGACUAACAAGAUGAAACAUAAUCUCAACAAAAUGGAGGUGCUACUGUCAGCGGAGAUGGAGGUCUGACCCAGGAAAUAAGUUAUCUCCUGUUCUAGAAUGGGUUGCACUCCCCCUAAAGGAGCAGGUGCACCAAAACUUUGAAACUCCAGGGAGAUUCAACCGUCCCCCUCUAUUGCUGUCUUUUGCCAGUGAGUGAAGACAUUGUCUUGUUCGGCAUACCCCCAAUAACUAUUAUUGGCUCUGUUGUGAGUUUGUGCGCGCGUGUCUAUUGAUUUUUUUUUAUCCUAUUCUAAAUAUUGCUUUAAAAUGUUAAUUUUUGAAAAUGUUUUAAUGUUUGCCACAUUGUGGGCCCUCUUGGGGUAAAAAAAAGUGGCAUACCUAUGUUUUAAAUAAAUAAUUAAUAUUU